AUGAGCGGCAAGCCUGCCUUCACCUUCGGAGCCGGCGGCGCGCCGGCUGACGACUCUGGCGUCGACGCGAGCAAGCCCGCCGCGCCGAGCUUUGGCGGCGGCGGCGGCUUUGGAGGCGAUCGCGUCGCCGCCCGAGGGGCGCCCGGAGAGGGCCUGGAGAGGGGGGCGCGUCUCGAGGCGGAGUUGAGCGCCCGCUCUUUGGGCGGCCUGUUUGCGGGCGGGGCAGCGCCGGCGCUGAACGACGAGUUCCUGCAGUGGGUGGAGGAGGAGUGGGAGAAGGGCGAGGCGUGCGACUGGUCGAGUGCGGUGAGGGACUACGUCAAGCAGCGAGAGAGCCUCCUCGGCGGCGGCGCUGGCGUCAAAGCGCCGCUCGGCGGUGCGGUGGCGCCCGCUUGCAGCGCUCCUGGCGGCGCGGGCGCGGCGGCAGCGCCGGCGGCGGAUGCGGGCGGGGGUGCGGGCGGGGGCACGCCAGAGGUGGAGAGCGGUGAGGGGGUGGACGAGAAGUGGAAGGGCAGCACCAAGCUGUCCGUCUACCGCACGGAGAAGAAGAACGGCGAGGGCGAGCUCGUCCAGGAGAAGGGGUGGAAGUCGAUUGGCAAGGGGAUGCUACGCUUGCUGGCGCAGGAGGGGGUCCACUUUCUCGAGUUUCGGCCGCUCGUCUCCGAGUCGUCCUCGGCCGCAAACGACGAGCCCUCGGACGAGGUGGGGGCGAAGCGCGAGAAGUACGGCCGCGCGGUGCUCUCGGCGCGGCUGCUCAGCUCGACCACCUUCACCGUCGCCAAGCGGUCGAUCCAGACAAACCUCUGGUCGAGCAACGCCGGCGGGGAGGCAACCUACUCGCGGUACAACAUCCCGCUGCUGUCGGACGAGCAGGCGAACGCGUUCGCCGAGCUCGCCCGCGGGUGCGUGCCUAAGGAGUGAGGGGGAGG